UAUUCAAACACGCCACACACACUCACUCCAACAUCAAACGAACCAGUGGGCGUGCAAUUAUUGUCAUUCGUUCGAAUCAUCUGUUUUCGUGAAUCGUUGUAUAUUUUGUAUAUAUAUUUUAUUUAUUUCCAAUCUAUUUAUUGUGGAAUGUUAAAGUAAUUUAAUUGAUACAAAAGAGUGUGUGCGUUAUAUGAUUGUUUAAAGUUUAUUUUUUAUUUGUGUGACGUCAUUGUUUUCGAUUGCCAGCAAUAACGACGCAGUUGCAUUUUUACUUGAAAAUGGAUUUAAAAUGAAGAUUGAUUUUGUAAAUAAGGUGACAAUCGGGCAGUAUGUCAGCGGAGUCGCCGCGGCACGUGCGCGGGGGCGGCCCCCUCACCGUGCCCUCGCAGCCGCCCAGCGACCGCAGCAUCAUCGACGCCGUCUCCGGGUUCAUUAACGACGUCACACUGUCCUCUGGGACCGCGCAGGACCCUAAGGAUGUCAUACAGUGGGCGAGAUUCGAGACAGCUGACAUCAACGAACCCACGCCCGAGGGAGACAGCGAUAGCGACAUAUCCCCACUCCUACUCAUUCUCGGCUACGGGUCGGGGGUGCAGGUGUGGCUGAUCCCCCCUAGCGGGGACGCCCAGGAGGUGUUGUCAUGGCGACAAGGCACAGUGAAGGUGCUCCGUAUACUGCCCAGUCCGCAGCACGGCGACUGCUUUGCAUCGAAGAGGCCCCUCAUAGCUUUGUGUGACUCCGCCAGCACUGGACCGACCUUCUGUUCACUCAGUUUCAUAUCCAUCAGAGGUGGUGAACAGGUGAAGAGCAUAAAAUUCAAGAAUCCCAUACUAGACGUGUUGGCGAACAAGCGCUCCGUCGUGGUAUCAUUCUCGGAGCGUUUCGCCGUAUUCGACGCUGCUACCCUCGAGGACCGGAUGACGGUGACCACGUGUUACCCGUGCCCCUGCCCCCUAGGGGGGAGCGCCCCUAUAAACCCCCUGGCCUUGGGGGAUCGCUGGCUGGCGUAUGCGGACAAGAAGUUGAAUCAGUCGAAGCGAAGCAGUGGUGGAUGUGAAGGCGAAGGCGUAACCAGCUACACAGCCACAGUUCUCCACGCGGCCAAAUCACUAAGCAAAGGUCUCCGCGGCCUCGGCGAGAGUGUAGCGCAGAGUCUCGGUGGCGGGGGGCGCAGCACCUCGCAGUCGCCGUCGCCUCCCAACGCCGACAUCCAGCAGCCCGGAGUCGUCACCAUACUGGAUAUUGAGGGAAACGAUGACGAAGACUUCCAGGACAGCGAGGAACCAUACGAGCCAAUGGUGGCCCACUUCGUGGCGCACUCGGAGGCCGUCAUAGCGUUGUGUUUCGACGCCAGCGGCCUGCUGCUCGUCACGGCGGACAGGCGCGGUCACGACUUCCACGUGUUCCGCAUCAACCCUCACCCGUGCGGGCCGAGCCUGGCCGCGGUCCAUCAUCUGUAUGUGCUGCACAGGGGAGACACUACGGCUAAAGUGCAGGACAUAGCGAUCUCGUGGGACUCCCGUUGGGCUGCAAUAUCAACAUUACGCGGCACGACGCACGUGUUCGCGAUCAGCGCAUACGGCGGCGCCCCCAGCGUCCGCACUCACACGCAGCCUCGCGUCGUAAACAGGCUGUCUCGCUUCCACCGAUCCGCUGGGCUCCCCAUAACCCACCACACACAGGCCACGCCCAAGAGGAACACCGCUAGCCCGGUGAGCGAGGGCCUGACCCACGGCUCGUGGUUCCCGAACCCGCGGCUGCCCCCGUACCCCGUGCCCGUGACGCUGCAGCCGCUGGCCCAGCUGAGGCCCACCGCCAACCUGCCCACGCACACACUCACGCGCACCAGCUCAGGUCGCCAACGUCUCUCAUCUCUAUCCGAAGACAGCAACGCCGCUCCUUUACUAGCGCGAUGCAGCUUCGGAAUGUACGUGGGAACUAGCGCCACUCCGGUCACCGCCCUCUAUUUGAUGGCGGCCAAUGGCUCGCUACUACACCUUGUGUUACACCCACGAGCUAAUCAUAGUAUUCCAAAAGAGAAAGUGUGCGACGAGUCCCCCAUAGAGGUGGAGGUGGAGGCGGCUGCGCAGUGGCCCCUGCAGCGGCCCGCGGGCGGCUGCGCGGACCUGCUGGCGCCGCUGCCGCCCGCCAACCCGCUGCUGCAGCCCGCCGCCGCCGCGGGGUGUGCGGACAUGUGUAUGAGCGAGGAAGAACGCUGGCUGUCCCAGGUGGAGAUAGUGACCCACGCGGGCCCGCACCGCCGCCUGUGGAUGGGCCCGCAAUUCGUCUUCAAAACAUAUAAUUGUACUGGGUCAAACUCGUCUCUGUCUGAAGCGGAGACGGUGGACGUGGAGUUGCACAACGUGGCCCGCUCGAACCCCGUCAACGUGCCGGCCGCCAGGCCCAUCGUGCCCGUCCUCAUCGACUCUGGUUCUUGUAGUUCCCUGGAGCAGUCUCCGUCGGACGGGUUCCGCCGGCGCUCCGUGGCGGAGGGCCGCGCGCCCGCCUGCGACCUCCAGCUGAGGGAAGACCUCGCGGAAGCCAUGAGGGAAGACCACGGGCGCGAGCGGACGCCGAGCCCGCCGCGGGCGUCGCCGGCGCGGGCGGGCGUGGCGCGCGCCGUGGACCCGCUGGGCUGCGUGGUGGCCCGGCCGGCGCGCCGCGCGCCGCCGCCGCUGGAGCCCGACGCGCACACGCGCGCCAACCCCGACGAGGCGCGCUUCCGGCCCGUGGUGCGCGCGCCCGCCGCGCUGGCGCCCGCCGCCGUGCUGGCGCGCCCGCUGCCGCGCGGCACCACCAUCCCGGCGCAGAGCUGCGCGCCCGCCGCCAGCCCCGAGCUGGAGCCGGCGCGCCCGCUGGCCACGCACGUGCUCAUCCCCGCCGCGCUGCACCACCAGCCCCCACUGCCAGCGGGCCCGCCCGGGUCCGCCUCUCCUCCCACCGACGCGGACGACGGCGAUCGCGUUAGUUGUAAGGCUAGAGAUAAGGACUUUGAUGUGUGCGAACGUGUACAUGUUACUGAUGUGAAAGUGAAAUUUGAUGUAGCUGUUGAAGUCAAAUGUGACGUAGCUAGAGAGAUAGAUCUAUCUAGUGUUUCUAAAGAAACGACAGAGCUUAAGAUGACGAAGGAAUCUAAUGUACGGCAAAGCACGUCUAAAGAUAAUAGAAAAAGUAGUGUAGCUAGGGAAAUAAAGAAGUCUAAUGUGGUUGAAGAAACCACAGAGUAUAAUGUUAAAAAAGAAAACAGAGACUUUAAAAUAAGUAGUAAAAAUAAAGAAUCCGAUAUAGGUGUAGUUAUCAGCGAAUCUAACCCACCUAUGGCAGAAAAAGAAGAUGAAAAUGUUAGGGAACCUAGUAUUACUCAAAAGAGCGAACGUUCUAGCGUGGCUAGGGAAAUCAAAAUGUCUAAUGUAGAAGACGUUAAAAAACCUAAAGGUAAAGAAGUUAGGUCGACUAGUGCCACUAGGGAAACAGAAAAAUCAAACGAACCCAAGAAAACUAAGGACCUGAAACAGUCCUUUAAAUCAGAUGACUCUAAAUCUAGCCUUUCCAGAGCAGAAGAAUCUAAAAAAGUUAGGGAACCAAGCGUUAUUAAAGCGGGAAGUAAUUCUAGCGUGACUAAGGACGACGGGAAAUCUAGGGCGGAAGUCAUUGAAACAUCGCAAGUUAGGUCUAGCAGUGUUACGAGAGCAACUAGAAAAUCUAGCGACCCAAAGGAAACUAAGGACUCUGAAAACCUCCUCAAAUCAAAAGACUUCAAAGAACUAACUAAGGAGACUAGCUUAAUUAAAGAAUCAAAACAGCCAAAAGAAGCGAAACGGUCUCGUGAUGUUCAAGAAUCUAAGCAAACAAAGGAACCUAAAAAUAAAGCUUUCAUUCCUGUGAAUGAACCUGAUGAUAAAAUCGACACGAAAACAUCCGAUGAAAAAGAGUCUACCAAUUUAAAAAAAGAACCCGAAAUGUUCACGUUGCCCAUCAAAGCAGUCAGUACGCAAAGCAAAUGUAGAGACUGGCGAGACGGCGAUAUAAAGACUGAGGAACAAGCGUGGGACCUGCUCCUUAACGAACCUGAAAAACCAGUAGUGGCCGAAGUCAGCCAACAACCUGUAGAUAGUGAUAAGAUUUCUAUAGAAUCAAAACCUAAAUCUAAGAGAAAUCGUAAGAAUAAGAAAGCUCAAGAAGAUCUCCAAGCAAAAGUUGAUGAAGAUAGUUUUGUAGAAAUACAUGCAAUUGAAGAUAAGCAGCAACCUUGCAGCGGUGAUUUAGUUUCCAUCUCCACUUACGAAGCAAUAGAACCCUCUUGUUCAUAUCGUUCUAAAACAAAUAAGAUACGAUCACCCAUAAUUCCUGUUCCCGAAAAGUGUGAAACGCGUGAAGAAGGUUCAGCUGCUUCAAAGAAAGAUGAAUUGCAAUCAGUAGAAGAUUGUAUGUUAAAGGAAGCAAAAACAAUGGAAUCUUUUGUACCACGUGGAGAAUUCUUUAAUAAAAUGAGGCAGUCAAAAUCUGAAUCACGUGAAGAUCAUAUAUGCGAUAGUAAUUCGUUGUUACCAACAAAAGCAAACAAGAGCAAAUCAUUGUCUCCUUAUAAAGACGAUCGUAAAGCAGUGGAUCGAAUUUCAGAAGUAGAAGUGAAAGAUGUGUACGUCAUAGAUACUAGCAAAGAUGAUUUUCCCGAAAUUCAAAUUACAAGAGGGAAAUCGCGCAAAAGAUCUCCUCAGCCGAAACCUGCUGAACGGCAGACAGCGACUGAAGUACCCGUUAAAUCUUGGAGCUCUAUUGCAGCUUCUAAAAAUGUGAAAAAGAUUGAAGUUGAAGGAAACGCGGAUGAUAUUAUGGUGAAGAGAGAUAGUGUAUGUUUACGAGACGAGCUUAGAGAUGCCGCGGGUCUAGCAGAAGACAAUACGGAGCCACCUACCGUGUCGCUUCAGGAAAAGUUGGUUGAACUAUGCAAGAGGACGGAUAUCAUGGUCGCCGAAUGUGAUGCGCCUUCCGAGCUCAACUUUGUUGAAGAACAUCAUGCAGUGAUGGAAGACUUGCCACCGCUGGAGCCGCUUGAUUUUGGUCUAGAGGAUUUCAAACUAGAAGUCAUGAGAGACAGUCUGUUAGAUGUAAACGACCCAAAGAUGACGAGUCCUAUUUGCAAAAUCAAUAUAGAUGAUAUCCUAUCAUCUAUAAAAGAAACGACUAACAAAGUUAUCGAGUCGAGUACAUUUAACUUGAUAGAUCUUGAGAAAGUUCCCGCUAAGAAAGAGAAGGGUUUCAGUGUGAUUGAAAGUCAUAAGAUAACGUCGCAGGAAGUGAAUAUAGAAGAUGAUGGGAAGUCUGAGGAGAAAGAUGUUGAGGUGAUGGAGAAAUCGUCGGACGAUGACACCGUUUCGGCAGUCGUGUCCACCGACAGCGACAAGGAAGACAAAAAGACUGUCGUCGCGAACGUCGUACUGCCUUCUGCAAAGCAAUCUACUAAGUCUAAGAAAUCGCGUAGGAAGAAGAAGUAAUAUCAGACCAUGUGUUCAUAUAUUUUAAUCGCUUAAUAUUUUCUUGUGUUGCUACGUAAAAGUUAUUAACUCGUUUAGGUAACAAAUUUGCUGCUAUAUUUGUAGUUAUUAGUUAAGGUACGGGAUGCAAAUAAAAAUGCACGGGUAAAAGACAAAAAAAAAAUGUUUUAAAAUAAAAAAUGCUGUAUGCCUAAAACA